AUGUCUACGAAGAGCUUCCUAGUCGCCGCGGCCUUGACGACGGUUGCGCUGGCCGUUCCCCACAGGAACAAAUGCCGCGACGUCGCCACCUAUGAAGGCAACCCGCUUGCCGAUGUUCAGCUGUAUCCUGAUCCAUACUAUGUCAACGAGAUCGAGACUCUAGCCAUUCCACAAAUCGAGGACGAGGAGCUUGUGGCAGCCGCCAAGGCGGUUACCAAGAUCUCGACCUUCCAGUGGCUGACCAGUGACAAAAUAUCCAAGCUUGAUCUCCUAAACAGCACGCUCCAUGAGAUUCGUGCGGCCAACGACGCUGGCGCAAGCCCUCCUUACGCCGCCACUAUUGUUGUGUACAACUUCCCCGACAGGGACUGCUCGGCCAAGGCGUCGGCCGGUGAGCUUAUCCUCGCCGAGGACGGUCUCAACCGUUACAAGACGGAAUACAUUGAUCCCAUCGCGGCCCUCAUCAAGAAGUUCUCCGACAUCCGUACUGUCAUCGCUUACGAGCCCGAUGGUCUCGCCAACCUUGUCACCAACAUGGCUGUUGAGAAGUGCGCCAAUGCCGCUUCCGCCUACCGUGAGGCAACCGAGUACGGCCUCGCCACACUCAACUUCGCCAAUGUCGCCAUAUACGUUGAUGCUGGCCACGCCGGCUGGCUGGGCUGGGAUGGCAACCUCCAGCCUACGGCCGAGCUCUACGCCGAGCUCUACAAGAACGCUGGCUCCCCCAAGGCCGUCCGUGGCGUCGUCACCAACGUCUCCAACUUCAACGGCUACAACCUCACAACGCCCCCCGCCUACACAGAGCCGAAUGCGCAGUGGGACGAGUCCAAGUUCCACGACGCCCUCGCUCCCCACCUCGAGACAGCCGGGUACCCGGCACACUUCAUUGUCGACCAGGGCCGCUCCGGGGUCCAGCCAGGCUUGCGCUCCGCUUGGUCCCACUGGUGCAACAUCAACGGCACGGGCUUCGGUCCUCGGCCGACGACCGAGAUUGCCGAUGAAAUCACCGACGCCAUCGUCUGGAUCAAGCCCGGCGGUGAGAGCGACGGCACCAGCGAUGAGACGGCCGUUCGCUUUGAUGAGAACUGCCACAGCCCCUCGGCCUUCCAGCCUGCGCCCGAAGCCGGCGGUUGGUUCCAGGCGUACUUUGAGAUGCUUCUGAAGAACGCGAACCCCCCUCUGGCGUGA